GUAAGGUCUUUAGUAGGGGGCGUGUGUUGUAUUUGGGAUGGGGGCAGCGGGGCAUGAUGGGACAUGGUUUCCUUUUUGUCGACUUCUUGUUGAUGAACGUCACGAAAACGACUGGCUGUCCAGUCCGGUUUGGAAAGCUGGUGAAAAGCACACAAGCCCCAACCUUGUUUGUUUGUUUGCAGGUGGUUUGGUCAAGUAAGUUAUAGAAAUCGAUUUUGCAUGAUGCCUUUCGGAAAGGGGGUGAGUCAGGUGGCUGUGUAAAAAGAAGACCAAGCGGCCUCGAUCAAUUCAACGGCAGACGGGCCACCUGUGCGGACGGCGACCUGUUCGGCCUUCACAAGUGUGGGAGUCAUGUGGAGUCGUCAGAACUUGAAUCCGGAGAAUCUCCAGUGUUCGGCCGAAGCGGCUUGCAAGGUUCUCCUGCAAGAACCUGAUGGAAGAAGGUAGAAGAACGGGUCUAUCUUUUAGAUUCUUUUAGCAGGUUGGAACCUGGUGUUGCUGAUCAGUUUGGAGUUAUCUAUCAAGAACAUAGCCUUCUGAUUGUGGACCUUGUCAUGCCUCGUCCUGAAUGUCAGUAAGAAGCGGAACAUGUGCAGAAAGACCCUGCUUCGAUGAAUAGCAUGUCCGCAGCCUUUUUGACCAUUUCUGGUCAAGGCAUUCCAAACGUAGUGAUCCUGCCUUUCAGCUCAACGUAGUCUACGCCAGGAUGUUCACCGUUGCCAUCUCCUUGGCGUGCUUCAGCGUGGCCUUUUCCGCGCAUUUGCGGAGCAACGUCACUCACUCCACGGUGCACCAGGUCUCAGCCCUGUCCUUCUAUCAGGAGGAGCCCACUUGCCAAUGCAUGGCCAACAAUGCGGCUUGGAAGACAUCCGAGCGGAGCGAGGCCAAGUGCAUUUUCAUCGAUUUGGGCGCAGCUGAUGGCAACACCUUCGCCAAGUUCAUUGAGAACGACUAUGGCCCAGUGAAGAACUGUCCCAAUGGCAAGUGGGAAGCCUACCUUGUGGAGGCCAAUCCACAGUUCACCAAGGAGUUGAAGGCCUUAGAAGAGAACUUCCCCGGUCAGGUUCAUUCCUUGGCAGAACAUGCCGCCUUCUCCUGCGAGGGUACCACCAGCUUCUUUAUCGACGUGGACGCCAGCCACAACCACUGGGGCUCCAGUCUCUACGGCGACGCUCCCGAUGCGGUGAAGAGCGGCAAGGUCCAAGUCACGGUACCCAUGAUCAACAUCGUCCAGUUGAUUGCAGAGAGUGUCCGCCCAGAGGACUGGGUCAUGUUGAAGGUUGACAUCGAAGGAGCUGAGUACAACCUGCUGCCAUGCCUUGCACAGUUCAAAGACGCAGGUUUGAUCGAUCGGAUGUACUUGGAGGAGCACUGGUGGUUCCCCUCAGUGACCGAACAGAGCAAGAGUGCCCUGGCCCAGAGCAAGAAGCAGCUCUUGGCGAAGCAUGUGGACAUCCCCCAGUACUACAGUGAGACCUGAGAGACUGAAGGACUGAGUGACCGAUGGCUCAACAGGGCCCAGCACACUGGCUCACUGAUGGCGACAUUGGAUCAGUUGAUUCUUGUUGGUUUGAUGUGCCAGGUUUGUGUAUUCAGCCCGGAAGACAGCAGAGUCGGUACGUAGCUCCAGCUGGACAUGUGUCUUGCCCUUGAGCUGAGCUGCAUGGCUCUUGCAGGAAAAGGAGUGUCCGGGAUGAUGAGUUUGCAUCCACCAUCAUCCACCUCUGUGUGCUUAGCCAUGGUUCACUCUUCCCACCAUGGAGUGGUGUCAUCAGUUGAUCAUCAGUUGAUCGAUGUGAUGCCAUUUAUUGAAGACAAGAG